AUGGGCCAAAAGCAAUCCAAGCGCGUUUCCUCCACCUCCUCGGCUUCCCUUCUCACCACCUAUAUCAGCUCCCCCUCCAGCAUCAGCUCUCCAUCCAACCCAACCAGUCCCACCAGUCCAAUUAGCCCAGACACCCUACUCAGCGAAAUCUCUAUUCCAGCAAUACCACGCCAGCUCACACGCAUCUCCGAGAUCCUUGAUCCUCGUGACAUCCUUCGCGAACAGACUUAUCUUGAUUCACCAUCACGCAUCCGUUCUUCCUCUCAACCAUUGACUUCGCCGAACGCACCGAAAGGCGGGAUCGUGCAUUCGCCAUCCGGCAAUGCAUUAGGGGCGGAGGAGUUCAUUGCGCAUCCGAGUCGGCCAUUGGCGAUGUGGGAGAGGCAGGAGAGGGUGUUGCAGGCGACGAGAGAGGGGUUGGAGAGGUUUGAAGCGGAGAAAUGGGAACAGCCAAAGACGAGAAGGGAGGCGGAAGGGGAGGGAAGAGGCGAUGGUGGUUUUGUGGACUUUGACCAUGAUAGGAGGGAUCGUUCUGGCUGGGCACUGUAG